UCGGGCGACGUUGUUUUUCUGCUGGACCAGAUGAGCUUUAUUCAUGAACAUAGAUAGAGAAUUGCGCUCUUCGGUGUUUCCUUCUCUCCGAGCGCGAAGAAGGAGAAAGGAGCGGGGAAGGGAAAAAAAGACUGGAAUUUAUUUCGCACUGCACUUUGGAUCUCGGAAUCACUAGCGAGAUUUUACAUCUUUUUAACUGAGACAUUUUGAGCCACAGCGACUGGCUUCGUUUUCUCUACGCGACGGAGCUCCCGAAUGGCUGACUGCGAGCUACCUUGGAACUGGCCUCCCGAUAACUGCAUAUCCUGAUCGGGUGCCUUUUUUUCCAGCGACUGUUCCCAAGGCUUUUUUGAAUGCAUCCUUCGUUUUAGAUUCCUGUUGUUUUAUUCCAGUUUUCGUUCCAGUUUCCCUACGGCUUGACUUCCGCGCUGCCGUUUUUCCUCCACGAUUCUUUCCUUUUACAAGCUCCGACGUCCGAGCGACCGGUUCGCUUGAAAGCACUUUUCGGGCCGAGAUAUGGCAAUGGUAGUUAGCGUCUGGCGCGAUCCGCAGGACGAUGUGGCCGGAGGACCGACGAGCGGCCCGAACCCCGCAGCACAGCCGGCGAGGGAGCAGCAGCAGUCGUCGGCGGCACCGCACACCCCGCAAACACCCAGUCAGCCGGGAGCGCCGUCUACCCCAGGCACGGCUGGAGACAAGAGCAGUCAGAAUUCAGGCCAGAGCCAGCAGCACAUCGAGUGCGUGGUGUGCGGCGAUAAAUCCAGCGGCAAACACUAUGGCCAGUUCACCUGCGAGGGAUGCAAAAGUUUCUUCAAGCGGAGUGUCCGAAGGAACUUAACGUAUACGUGUCGUGCCAACAGGAACUGUCCUAUUGACCAGCACCAUCGCAAUCAGUGCCAAUACUGCCGGCUUAAGAAGUGCUUAAAAGUGGGCAUGCGGCGGGAAGCGGUUCAGCGAGGACGAAUGCCUCCAACACAGCCGAACCCGGGCCAGUACGCACUUACCAAUGGAGACCCUCUGAACGGCCACUGUUACCUCUCCGGAUACAUCUCGCUACUACUGCGCGCCGAGCCAUACCCCACGUCCCGGUACGGCAGUCAGUGCAUGCAGCCCAAUAAUAUCAUGGGUAUUGAGAACAUCUGCGAGCUGGCGGCUCGCCUGCUCUUCAGUGCCGUGGAAUGGGCGCGGAACAUCCCUUUCUUUCCCGACCUGCAAAUCACCGACCAAGUGUCGCUUCUCAGACUCACAUGGAGCGAGUUGUUCGUGCUGAAUGCGGCGCAGUGCUCCAUGCCGCUGCACGUGGCGCCACUGCUUGCCGCCGCCGGCCUGCACGCGUCGCCCAUGUCCGCCGACCGCGUCGUGGCCUUCAUGGAUCACAUUCGCAUCUUCCAGGAGCAGGUCGAGAAGCUGAAGGCACUGCACGUCGACUCAGCUGAGUACAGCUGCAUCAAAGCCAUCGUGCUCUUCACGUCAGACGCUUGUGGCCUGUCGGAUGCGGCCCACAUUGAGAGUCUGCAGGAGAAGUCUCAGUGCGCUUUGGAGGAGUAUGUGAGGAGCCAGUACCCGAACCAACCAAGCCGCUUCGGUAAACUGCUGCUGCGACUUCCAUCACUGCGUACCGUCUCCUCAUCCGUCAUUGAGCAGCUGUUCUUCGUUCGCUUGGUAGGUAAAACUCCAAUUGAAACCCUCAUCAGGGAUAUGUUGCUAUCAGGGAGCAGCUUCAACUGGCCCUACAUGUCCAUUCAAUGAUCCCAGCAAGUGAAUGAAACAAAAAGAGAGACUAAAGGACCAAGACUCUACAACCCUACUUUCAAGAAGACUAUAUAUAUAUAAAAUACAGGACCUCCUUUGUUAUCACAUUGGAAGACUUUCGUUUUGUUGGACCGAGAUGGAAUAAUAUACAAAGGUUAAAGACCUGGACAUAACCCCAUGAAAAUCCACCCCCAAGAACACUCUUCAUUUUGUAAAAUACUAGUCUUUAUUUUGCUUUUUUGUAAAAAAGAAAAAAAUCAAAAACAAAUACAUACAGCUAAUCUGAAGAACAUCAUAUGCGCAGUAAACAUGAAUUAAGACUUAGCGGGAAAAUAACGUUCCCAGACAAUUAUAAGAAAUGUUCUGUGUCUGUGUAUCUGUUUUGUAUUUUUUCUGGUUCUAAACCAAGUAUUUUUUCUGUGAUUCUCUACUAAUGAUUUUGAUAUAACAUUUUUGCUUCUUAUAAUGAGUGCGAUAUAUGUUCUUAAAGUUAUGUUCUCCAAGAAUUAAAAUUGAAGUGAGAAUUUAAAACCUAAAAAUAAAAAGUUUUAGACAAAUAAGAAACAGUCUAAUCGCAAUGACAAUAUUACUGAUGGUUGAACUUUCCCCCAAUUGAUGCUCUAUGGACAUACAACCGCGGCAAACCUGACCUCAUGGACAGUUGGAGAGGACGCCUUGUUCGUGUGUGUGUGAGUGCGUGUGUUGAGUCAAUCAUCAGUCAAAAAGGAAAGACAUGAAAAAUCAAAAGCACUUUUAAUAUAUCAUUUAAAAAACGUUUUGUUCGUUUUGUCUUGUUAUUUCUAUUGUUUCUUUUUAUUGGUUGUUGCUUCCAUUUUGCUCAAUCCACAAUAUGUUUGUGCAGAAGGGUUGCUUGAUGAAAUUGUGUGAUGGUAAAUAUACUAUUAAAAAAUAAAUAGGCAACCAUGUCUCGAUCUAAGCAAAUUUUAUGUGGUUUACGUUAACUAGGUGUUGCACUGA